AAAAUGGCGUCGUGAUUUCCCAGUUGCCGUGAGAAAAGAAAAUGCAUGUUGUGCCCCCGCAAAGAAGCGAGUGAAAUGUGAGAUUAAUUGGCGGCGAGCGAAGAGCCCAAGGCAUGCAAAAGAAGCCCAUCCCAACCAGGAAUCCACACCGAAGUCUUGGCAAGCGGACAUGGCGGCGGCGGCGACGGCAGCGCCAGCAACGUCCAGCGGGAAUGCGAGUGGUGGUGCACCUGCUCCACUGCCUUCGACUGCCCCUGGCAGCGGCGGCGGCGGGGGAGGGGGCGCGUCAGGUGUUGGAGGAGCAGGUGCCCAGUUCCGGGAAAUACACAAGAAUACAUGGCUCAAGCGGCUGACGGCGGAUGGCAAACGGUUGACUGUGGGUCCCAAGAAAUCCGAGUGCAGCUGGGUGGUUUUCUGCGUCCACGACGACACGGACGCCCUGCUGGAGGGCUAUGCGGAACCUCGUCAAGCAGCUGGACAUCUGCCCGAGUGGGCCGUUUCUCUGCGGGAAACGCUCCACAUCUCCCAUGCCCUCAUCCCCAAUUCCCAUGAGUUCGAGUUUGUGGUCACGCUCAGCCACGAGGUGUUGCGCUUCCAUGCCGUCUCUUGGGAGAUUAUGCAAGAGUGGGUGGAAACGCUGCGCUCCAAGCUGCGCGAAAUGAAGAUUCUGUCGCCGCGCGAAAACCUCUACACGAAGCUACCUGAAGUGCGCGCUCCAUUGCUGCCCACAAGGGAUCCCACAUCGCCACUGCCUCCACCGCCUCCGGUUCCGGCUGCUCUGGUGCCCGGAGUGGAGCGCGUGGUGGCCGCCAAUCAUCAGGCUCAGUCAGCAGCGCCGCCUCCAGAGCAGCCCUCCAGUCCGGUAGCCACAACGCCAGCAGCUCCUGUUCCUGCCCCUGCACCUGCUCCUACUCCUGCUGCCAUGUCCAACACUUUGACGCAGCACCUUCUCAACAUGCUAUCCGAUCCCAUCAGCACCUACAGCGAGCAGAUCAGUGAGUCAGUAGAACCGGCUUCCAGUCAGGAGGAAGGAGGAGCAGUCGCAGAGGAGCAACCGUCCAGCAGCGAUGCUGAUCUGAAUCUAUCGGACGAUGAAUAUCUGUCGCCGCUGCUGCGCAAGGCCUGUGUGCUCACCGAGAAUGGCGUCCGCGUGGACGUGGUGGCAGCCACUGCACAGCGAGCUUCUGCCGAUCAAAUCCUGAACUUGGAGCACAUGCUGCAAUGCGAACGGCUGAUUCCCAGACCACAAACAUCACGAUCCAUGUCCGCUGGUGCGGCUGACAAAUCAAAGCGGCCGCCACGUAAACCUCUCCAAUCGCAAUCUUCCAGCGUCGCCGCUGCUGCCAACAGCGAGGAUUCUCAGGACAAUAUUACAAUCAUCCAGGUGUCGAACAUCAGCAACAAUGGCCAGGAAAAGCCGCCCGAACUGCCGCCCAAGAACGCCACCGCAGCCGAGGUGUUUCGUUUUCCAGAGGUGAAGACCAAGCAGCAGCCAUCUCAGCCCCAUCACGAGUAUAAAAGCAAUGUACAAAUCAUUCCGUCCAAUACCAGUAGCAGUACCAGUACCAUCCAAGUCCUGGGCAAACAGCCCAGCAUCAGUAAUCCCUAUACAACGCCAGUAAGGCAAAGCAAUAGCGCCAGUUCGCAGGUUUCCGGCACCACGAAAGUAAAGGUGCUGGGUGACGGCGAGGUAGCUGUCUACGGCACCUGCUACCCGGCGCCCGGUGGCAGUCCCACCACCUCCUCCUCCACCGCCUCCUCGUCUAGCAAUCCUGCCAAGCCGCAGACACCGAGAUUAAGUAAGAAAAUAAUACUCAGUGCCAACACCUCGGGCAUAACGAACAUCAGUGUGAAUAGUGAGCAGGGCAGUGACUCGAUAAUCAGUGGAAAUGUCCACUACGAAAAGGUCUUCCUCUCCUCGAGCAUUCCCAUAACCAGCAGAAGUAGUCCGACGAGAGCGGCAAGCAAUAAUCCCAUCCAACCGGUGGUCAACGGAAGUCCAGCUUUGCCACGCCGCCGGUUGGCUUCGCCAGUAGCCCCCAGUGCAGCAGUUAGACCCACGCCGCAGCUAACACGAGGACUUACGGAACUGGUGAUUAGUUCGCGGCCCAGUAGAAGGGAUUUCCACUACCUGAAACUGCUAAACACUCCACUGAAAACUAAGACAUCCAAUAAAUCAACGAGCGCCGCGAAUAACAACAUCGAACAGCAACCGCAACAGUCCACGCCUUCCAGUUCAACGAGUAACCAGACCCAAGGAACUGCAGGACAAAGGAACAGCACUGGUGACAGCCAAGAGCAGCGCCGGCGCAGCUCGUCCACCUCGGAUGCUCAGGCGCCUCUUCAGCGGAUUUCACAGCCGGUGACGCAACGAAACGCUAACAACAACGAGUUUACGCCAUCCCGAAACGGAGCUUUUCGCAUGCAGCCACCGCCGCAGGGAGCACCGCCGUCCAGCACUAAUCCCGCCCAGCAGCAGUCGCCCAACAAGCGAUUAACUCUGAGGGAACAGCAGGUGAUGCAGCUGCGGCGCGAGAUAAUGCAUCCAGGUGGAGUGCGACUGAAUCUGCGGCGCAAGGAUUGCGUUGGAUCCAUCGCCUGGGUGGAUGCCUUCGGCGGAGUUUGGAUUGCGGGUUGGAAGCAAAAGGAGCAUCCAGUGCUAUACAAUGCCCUUCACAUCGGAGAUCAGCUACUCUCCAUAGCAGGCGUGAACAUCAGCAGUGCUGCGGAGGCGAAUAAAAUAAUCAGGAACACCAACACGCUAUUUGUUGAGGUCUUGCUUCGACGCAUUCCUUUUGGCCGGGCCUAUGCCAUUCGACGUGACCGCGAGGGUCAAUGUUUGGGACUGAUUCGGGAUGGAAACACUUCGACAAUCGUGGAUGUUGUGCCAAACAGCUUGGCCGCACGACACGGCCUGCCACCCAAGACGCAAUCGUGCGAUGGCAGCUCACUAACCUUCUGGAUGCUGACCGAGAUCAAUGGGCGUUCACUGAAUCUGUUCUUCAAGGAUUUGGAGAUACGCGAUCGGCUGAACUCGGUGGGCCGGGAUAUAUCCAUUUUGGUGCAACCGUCGGAUUUAAUAACCAAGCUAAAGAAGCAGCUAAAGUCCCUGCGCGGCUACAAGGAUUACUUAGUGCAGUAGUCCCCGGCAAUAACGAUCGAUUCCAUAUAACCACACAUAACUCGUAACUGUAAUAUGUUGCUAUACGCGAAGUAAUUUCGAAUAGCUCUCGGCCAGUAAUCAUUCCAUUUUCGCGUAUACGUCAAUGAACGGAUCCCCUAUAUAGUCAACUAGAACUGGUAGAAACAUUUCGCUAUAUUACGUACUACACACUUCACUUACUAUGAUCGAAACUACUUAAAGGACUUAGGAGUAGCGUUGAGGAACAUAUACAAAAACAACCUAUAUAUUUUUGCAAAAUUUUAUAUCAACUCAUAUAUAUACAAAUUGAACAUAUAUAUAUAUACACCAUAAUGUAUAGCAGACACUUUGAAGGGUUACCAAAUUUACACCUCGAAUUUGUUUAGAUGCGGAAAAGUUAUAAGAAAUUUACAACACGAAAUUCAAGUAUUUUAGGUUAACAUAUACACGCGUAUCACACACACACCUGUGCAACUUAGUAUCCUUAUGCAAUAUUGGAGUGCCUCUGAUUUUGUUCAUUGAUGUUGUUUUCUUUCAUGUUUCCGUUUGUUUCGUGCGAAAAGACAAAAGCAUCUGUCGUAACUUUUAAGAUGUGAUAAAAAUGAGUACUCAAAUUUAGGCAAUUUUUAACGGUACAUGUAAAUGCUUUUUGAUUUAUUUUAUAUUUAAGUUUCAGUGGGUAAUUUCGAUAAACACAUAUAUUAUUAUUAUUACUGAUGUAACGACCUUGCGAAACAUUUAUUAAAGCAAUUCCACACAAAUCA